AUGUCCGUGGAAAAUCCAAAGCCUGUUGACCCAAAUCCCACCGUGGAUGCAGAAGAAAGGGAAGCCGAGGCGCAAGAAGCCCUCGCAAAUCAGGAACUCGUCACCUGGAUUCCAUAUAUCUCCACCAAAGCCCCCGAAUCUAGGCAAAUUCUGUAUACUCUCGCCAAGAAAAAUAACAACAAUGCACCUGCGGUGAUCGAUCAUCCAUACUACAUUGUCAUGCGUGGGUCUGACCUCGACUAUUUUACGGAGAAAAAUUAUUUCGAGCGACCUAUUGAAUUCCAGUCUGCUGGGAUUUACUUUGUGAGCAUGUCUGAAGUUGCAUCAUGUUCUGGACAACUCUUGAUCGGCAGCAAUAAAGUAACAGGCACCAAAGACCAAGUCACCGGGAAGUUCACGAAUGCCACAAUGUUGGAAAUUUUUGAUAUCGAGGGUAAUUAUAUCAAAAUUACCGUUGGAUUCACUCGAGCCGUGGGCUACAAAAAAUUCGCAGAGUUGGCAGCGCAGACUUGGUAUGGCUUUACAUCCGAAGCCAAUCACACCGAAGCGAAAAAAAACCACCCAGAUAUCGAUACUAAGACCAACAGCAUUAUCUUCGGACCCAACGCUGGAUUCAAGCCUGUUCUUGAAUUGAAUGAAAAGCAGAAAGCGGAUAAUGAUGAGAAUAGUCGAGCACUAGCGGACUACUUCAAAACAGACCUCAUAAAUCGCAAAUAUAAAGCCGCGUUUUAUUAUAACGAUGUUGGAACUGGCGCCGAUAUUAGGCCGGCAAGCAGAUUUACGUGGUUUAAACGUGCCACGGUGAAGUCGCGAUAUCCAAACGCCGAAACAUUGGCGAAAGAAAAGGGACUUUACGUUCGUCUCAAUAUGGAGGAUUUUAAAAUAUCCACCCUCGAUGUCGGUUUUGGGGCAACUAAUCCUAGUAGAUGUUACAUAGAGAAAGAACAUUUUAAGAGUGUCUGGGCAAACACUACCUUUGGAGGCCGAGAGAUAGUCGGUGAGCCGAGGAAGAGACCUGCGCCGGACGAGGAAACCGAAGACCCGAAUAAACCUAAGGCGUCGAAACCGGGUGAGAGUACUGAUGUUGGUGGUAGUUCAACAGACCAUGAGAAGGAGAAAGAAAAAGAGAAUGAGAUGGAAGAAGAGGGGGGGAAGGAAGAAAAAAAGGGAAAAGAAGAAGAGAAGGGAAAAGGAAAAACGGACGAAGCAAUCAAACCGGGUGCUAGACGUUCUUGGGCGACGGAGAUUGGUGACGAUGAAGGAUAUGUCAGCAGUGUCGUUCCACAGAUUUAUUUCAGGGACGAAGCUGGCAAGGUCUGGGCGAAGAGAACCAGUGAUAGCCAGAAAGUCAGCAAUUUCAUGCAUUACUAUGAGAGGGGUACCACUCGACCAGACUAUGGGAGCGGACGGUUCCCGCGAGCUAUCGAUAUGAAGAAAAUCACCAUCUGGAUCCAUCCUCUGAUCAAAGACGAGGAAAGAUAUGGCGGUACGGCGGAGAAGCCUCGUGAGAAGCUUGCUAAUAUUUUCGAGAAAGCCCGCUCAACUUCGAUGAGCACAACAUAUAAAUUCUUACCAGCCGACGAAGGGGUUGACAAAAACACAUACACUUGGCUUUCUCGCUCUUGCUUCGGAGAUUAUGAUACCUAUAUCGAAAAUACUGUUCUUACAGAAUAUUUAACGAAAGAAGUUACCGACGAGAGGCAGGUACCCAAGGAUAUUGACGCCGAUAUUCUCAAAAAGCUCGAGAAAGAUCAUGCAAAGGGUAUCGCGGCUUUGGCGGCCUUCAAUAAAAUAACCGGCAAAGACGAGUACACCGAUUAUACCGCACCGGCGCCCACGAGAAUCACGGCCGCUAAAAUUGACGCUGCAUAUGGAACUAGAGCUAGCGCUCUUAACCAAGGAGCUGUUAUGGAGGGAAUAUCCGCUAGUGAUGUUGCAAAUGCUCUUAGCUGGAGUGAUAUGCGGGCGACCCCUAUAAACGGCUGGGACAAAGAGCGUUUUUCAAAGGCCGAGUGGCUCCAUAGGGUUGGGUACGCUUAUGGAGGGCUUACGGAUGAUGACCCAACGACAAGCCAAAAGAAAUAUAACUUGAUAUUUGGAUCGUCUGAAACAAACAGUAUUAUGACCAGAUAUGAGGAUGUAUAUCGCAACGCCAUCAUCAGAGAACGUACACUUAGUCAGCAACUUCAGUUGAUCUAUGAUAAGGCAUCAAUGGCAAACCCCGCGGCGCAGUUUGUCAACGCUACACUUGCUACAAAACUUACCGAUAAGGGAGCAAAGCUCCGUCUCGAGGGUAAAAGUUACAUAAGAGAAAAAAUAGCUGUACCGAAGGCGAAGUUAACCUCCGAACCCAAGGCUUGGACUGAUAUCAGCAAGCGGUACCCUUGGUUGUGUAGUGGGUUGGAAUAUGAUUUCGAGUUGGACAAGCCAAGUCUGAUGUUCAAGGUGGCCAGGAAGUGGAAUACCGAUUUCUUCCCAUUUGACCGUCUUUUUUUUACAAGAUUGGAGGGAAUAGUCGAUGAUGCGAUUUGCUUGAAGUUGUGGGAGCUUGCUAUCCUCGACGCGAAAACCACUAUUGAUAGAAAGAAUGGAGAGGUAGGGUCAAGGGUGAUGGUUAUUUUGCCGCAGAAGAAGGAAAAAAAGAUUAAGGACGUGGAGAUGGGAGAGAAGGAAGAUGAAAUGAAUAGCGAGUAA